AGAGUGUGGAAAGAGCCGCGUGGCCAAAUCUUAAAGGGGCUCCAAGCUGGCGGCACUAAUCGCUCCCGAAACGCACUGCAGACGUCUCAAUGCCAGCAGCCAAGCGGCGACGGUUUGAAAUUGUCGGACUGCAAUUUGUCGCCAGCGCUUGUAAUGGCACCCACUCCAGAUGACGACAUGGCGACACCGGGACCCAUAUAAAAUCCGUCGGUCUGCAGGCGGCGUACUCAGUUAACAUGUUCGCGUCCCAAGGGAAGUUACUCCUGGCCUUUGGCCUUUGCCUCGGUCUUCUUUUAACCAUAACCCACGCAUCCGCGCAGAACGCAUCCAAGGAAUCCGAGUCCUGGCAGCCCAUGCAGCCGCGGAAACGACAGGCUAUCGUGAAACUGGACCCAGUGGGCUCCGCAGCAGCCAAGAGCUACGAUCCUCCUCCGGAGUUCUACCGCGGACCGGGCUCAUCGUCAUCCAAGUUGGACAGCACUGCAGCUGGCUUUAUAUCCAAGCCCAUUAGUGCGCUGCUGUCGGUUGGAGGAGCUCAUGGCUCCCAAACCAGUGGCCUCAAUGAUAACCUCAGCCAGGCCUAUGAUAAGUGGAAAUUAGGUGGGAAUAUAAACGAUCGAAUAAGCGUAGGGCAUUAUGGCGGCAGUGGAAGUGCAGGCAAAAGUUACGCCUAUGACAGUCACCCCUAUCAGUAUGACUAUGGACCAUCCAACGGACAUGGCUACGAGCCAGGACCUGCUCCUGGGCACAGCUACUCCUCCAGCGGAGAGGCAGGAGUGCCAUACCACGUUUAUCGACCCCGACCCGAACAUGGCCACUACCCAGGGCCACCAGUGGACUACUCCUACAGCUCCUACCCCAUCGACUCCCACGAGAUAGUCUCCCACAAGGGAACGCCAGAGAUCUCACCAAAGGCCUUGCUGGCCAAAAGCUUCCUGAUUCCGCUGGCCAGUGCCACCGUUCUGGGUAUCGCCGCCGCCCUGGUCAGUAAUCCCCUCCUGCUGCAACUAGCUCCUGUCCCGGGGAUCGGUGUGGGAGUGGGAGUCGGACCAACAGUCGUCGGCAAACGAAGAAGGAGAAGACGGGCAGUGAUGCGGGCUUAAAGAUCAGGGAACACACUGGUGAAAAACUGUUUUAUCUAAGUACCGUACUCUCGAAAAU